CUAUAGCUGACACCUGUAGAUUUGCGCUGACAGAAGCCGUCCUAUACGGCAGCCGCCUGAGACAAUCGGCCGACAGCCCGGUUCAGCAUUGCACCGAUCUCAGCUAUGCAGAGGCAGCUGGAUGAUUCAUGUGUUGCAUACUCAGAAUACUGGCGUUUCCUACAGAGGGGCACUAACUUGCAGCAACGAGAGACUGCCCAUGCGCAGACUGCACAACUCUGCUGCAAUCUUUUGAAUGUGUCCCCUAUUGGAAAUGUCCUUAGCUAUUUCUUCAAUUGAUAUAACAACCUAACCGUCCUAGGGAUUGCGACGCGCGUGGCCUGUGUAAGAGCAAAAUGCCCCGUCGAUGAGGCCCUCUCAAGAGAGGGCCUGGGCCCCAUGGACAUCGUGCCAAGGAGCAGCGUCGAGAGGGAUGUUCUCGAGGCAAUCCUGAAGGCGCUCCCUUGGCACGAUGCCAGCCUGGCAAACGCCGUGAGGGAGUCCCUCCACGCACACGCACACGCACACGCACAUGCAAAUGGGACCGGAAACGGCGUGUCCCAUGCCCAGCCCGCUGCGCUGCCCGGCCCGGGCCGCGAAGAGCGGGAGGAUCAGGCAGGCCGCCGGGCGACGCGGGGGGCAGCUGCAGCCGGUGCUACUGCCGCUACUGCCGCCGCUGCAGCUCCCCAGCCUCCGCCCCGGUCGCACCCCCCGGGGCCGCACGCGUUCACCCCGGGUCCCCACGGGGCUCUGCAGCUGGCGCUGUCGCACUUGACUGGCGUGCCCGGGCAUCUGGCGGGUGUGGCGGAAGGCCAAGUCUCCAGUGCGUCACUCACGCUGUCUGUGGCACUGGCGGCCGCCGCCAAUGGCAGCCUGCCGCUGCCGCUGCUGCAGCUGGUGUCGCCGUACAGGGCCCGACUAGACACUCUGGGCCACGUGGGCAAGGGCGGGUUUGGCAGUGUGGUGGCCGUACGCAGCCGGCUGGACCAGCGGCUCAUGGCUGUCAAGGCCGUGCACUUCCGCUCCGAGCUGCCGCCCUGGGCGCCGCCGCAGCAGCUGGAGGCGCGGCACGCCAAGCUGCUGCGAGAGGUCCAGACGCUGGCUUGUCUAGAAGGCAGCCCUCACGUGAUCCGCUACUACAGCGCCUGGAUCGAGCCGGCCUGGGAGAAGCUGGGGCAGGUGCUGGCGCGGGAGGGGCACGUGCCCGCGCCGGCCGCGGCGCCGGGGGCGGCGCCUGGGGCGGCCAUGAGCAGCAGCGGUGUGGGGACGGGAGGUGGUUUUGCGGCGGCGGCGGCGACGGCAGCGGAUGAUGCGGGAAUGCGGGCCGGCAUGGCCGGGGAGGCGGCGGCGGCGGCGGGUGCCGGUGAUGUGCGGCCGCUGCUGGCGGCGCUUGCGGCGGUGCAGGCGGCGGCGGGUGCGGCGGCGGCGGAUUUGGCGGCAGCGGCUGCUGCAGGCGGCGGUGUGCACCGCUCGGACGGGCCAGGAAGCGGCGGCGGCGGGGUUGGCGUUGGUGCGCCGGCAGCCAAAUCAGCGGGCUCGGCGCCCGCUGCCAUGCCGCGCGUCGCCAGCGGCACCAGCAUUGCCAGUGGCGGCAGCGGCCGCAGCGGCGCCGGUCUCGCGCAGCGGCGGGCGCACACAUGCCAGAUUCGGGAGCUUGGCAGCGACUCGGACGGCGACGACGGCGAGAUAGACGUGGCAGGGGACGGGGACGCGCAUGGGACAGCGGCGGGCGCUGCAGGAGGCGAUCACAUGCGUGGCGUUGGGGCUGGGGCAGUCGCGGGGAAACAAACGGCCUCAGCCUCCACCGCCGCCGCCGCGCUGCUCGGCGCGGCGCCUGGCCGUGUGUACCUCCUGGAAGGGCCGCCGCCGCCGCCAGCAGCAGCAGCAGCAGCGCAGGCAGAAGGCGGCGGCUUGCCUCCGCGGCCGCCGCGCGCCGUGGCGCCUGGCGGGCGCAGCUCUUUGCAGCCGCAGCCGCAGCCCAUUGUGACUCUGGCUCCAAGCAGCACCGAACCCAGCCGCAGCCUCGGCCGCGGCCUGAGCCGCACCGCCUCAGCAGCCACCGACGCCUCCGCCUCCGCAGCGGCCGGCGCCGGCGCCGGCUGCGUGAUCACCCCCUGUGACGACACAACGAGGGGCAGCUCCACAGCGGGCGUGCGGAGCGGAGCGGCCGGGGCCCGGCAGGGUGCGGGGGCCGUGGGCAGCCUAUGUCUGCCAGUGGCGCGGGAGCCAAUUGUGACGCUGGCCAGCACGCCCACCAACAGCGCCGCGAGCCAUAGCUACAUGGAGCACGCCGCGGCCUUCCACACCGCCGGCAGCAGCAGCCGCGGCGGCGGCGGUGGGCAGCACUCGCAUGAUGCGGAUCCCGGCAACGGCGCCGGCCGCGGCCCUCACCACCAUAUCUACCACCAGCACCAGUACCAUCCCCAGCACCACUCGGGCAAUGGCAAUGGCCACGGCCACGGUCCGCACCACCCGCACACGCAGCACACGCAGCGCAACAGCCGCAGCCGCGGCGCCACAGGCGGCCCGCUAGGAGGCGGUGCAGGCGUUAAUGCUGAUGGUGCGGCGGCUGGUGGCGGCGGCGCUGGCGCUGGCGCCUUCUCGAGUGGGCGGGGUGCUUGGGGCGGCGCUGGGCUUGGUACGGGUGCCGGCGGGGCUGCUGAUGCUGGUGGCGGCGGCGGCUGCAGCAGCCUCGUGGUGGGCUCCGUAAACUCCUGCUCCGUGCUGUCAUCGUCUGUGGAGUCCAUUCGCGUGCCACCCGGCUUCAGCCACAACCGCGGCCUGGGCGGGCCGGCGGGGCGCAGCAGCAGCAGCAACAGUCCGGAGCGGCGCCAAGCCGGCGCCGGCACCGCUGCCGCAACUGCAAACGGCAAGCCAGGCCCUGGCAUGAAUCGCCUUAGCUGCAGCGGUGGCAGUAGCGGCAGCACCAGCGGCGGGAGCGGGAGCGGCAGCAGCGACGGCUCCGAUGUAGACGGCACAGGGACGGAGGCUGGCCAGCUGCGCCGUCGUGACGCCGGAGGGAUGGGCAGGUGGCCUGCCGUGGUUGGACCUGAUGCGCGGGGGCUGGCACCGCCACUUCCGCGCCUCAGCCCAUUCUGGAACCAGGGCACAGACGACUCCGCUGGCAUCGAUGGCACCGCAACAACCGCUACAGAAACAGCAAACGACAACACGGCUACGGCUACGGCUGCGGACGUCACGGCCACACAGGGCGAGCACAGCUGGACCUUUGACAGGGCCGAUAGCCACGCGCCUGACAUGGGUAGGGCAGCUGGCGCGGAGGCCGGUGUGGCCACGGCUGGAGCGGCUGGCGGCGGGGCUGGGCGCAGGCAAGGCGGUGGGCGCGGUGCUGCGGCUGCGGCUGCGGUUGCGGCUGCUGCUGCGGCUGCUGCGGUAGAUCACAGCUGGACGUUUGGCCGGACCGGGCCGGAGGGCCUGGCUGAUGAGGAAGAGGAAGAGGAGGAGGAGGGCAGCGAAGACCUGGAUGAAACGGAUGACGCAGACGAGAUCACGGAGAGCGAGGGUGAGACGGCUGGCGAUGAGCCGACUGAGACAGCCACCGCCACGGAGGUCACAGGCGGUGCGGAGCGCAGCUGGACGUUUGACCGGUCCGCAGCGCCGCCGUUGCCGCAAAGGCAGCAGCGGCCUGCAGGGCACCGCGCCGCGGCUCCUGAGGCGGCUGCUGUUGAAGCCAACGGCGGCCGCCGCCGCGGCGGCGGCGGCGGCGGCGGCGUCGCUGUGCUGUUCGCACCACGCAGGGGCAGGGGCAGCGGCAGCAGCGAUAGCGACAGCGACAGCACUAAUGACGACGAUGACAGUGAGGAAGACGAGGUGACGGAGGCGACCACCGCUUCCGCCUCGGCGGGCGCAACCGGCAUUUUCGACAUGGACGAUGCCACCCGCUCCGCCUCGCUCACGUCACGUAGACAGCGGCAAAGGCGCGGCGACCCGGCGCGGGGUGGAGAGGCCUGGAGUGGCAGCAGUGACGAAGGCGAGAGCGGGAGUGGGAGUGGCAGCGACACGGAGGGCGAGAGCGUGAGUGGCAGUGCCCCAGGCAGCGACAGGGGCAGCGGGAGCAGGCGUGGGCGCGGGAGCGGCAGUGGGAGUGACAGCGACGGCAGCGGUAUGAGUGACGCAGCCGGGAAUAGGUACAAGCACAUGAGCAUCAUCUUGGCGCCGCGCGUGGGGCCGUUGGUGGCGUCGCGACACGUGCACCGCCACCCGCACCCCAGCGCCGACGGAUACGGCAGCAGCGGAGGAGGAGGAGGAGGCGGCGGCGCCCGCGCCGGCGGGCGGCUGCGGCAACAGCCCGUUGUAAGUAGUCCCGCCAGCGAUGAGGCCAGCCCGCCGCUGUACGGCCCGCAGCCGCGGCACGGCGGAUUGGCGCGCCACGCGGCCCGGCAGCGGCCGCGGCAGGCCGCCGCCGCAGGCGCCGCCGCCGCAGGCGCAUACGCAGGCGUGCGGGGCGGGCCGGGCGGCGGCGGCCGCGCCGGGCGCGCGCAGCCGCAUUUGGGCGGCGGCGGCGGCGGCCCGGCGGCGGCGGCGGCGGGAGCGGGUCACCAGCUGGCGGUGUUGUCGGGGCGGCAGCGCAAGUGGCCGUACACGUUGUACAUCAGCAUGGAGCUGGCGGUGGGGCCCACGCUGACGGGCUGGCUGCAGCAGCGCGCGGCGCGGCUGCGCGGCUGCGGCGGCCACCCCGGCCCCGACGUGUCCGUGGAGCGGAGCAUCUUCCGGCAGGUGGUGAUGGCGCUGGCGCACGUGCACGCCGCCGGCAUCAUACACCGCGACGUCAAGCCGGCAAACAUCUUCCUGGUGCCCAUCCUGCCAGCCGGCGCCGCCGUGAGCCCCGCACCUGUACCCGCACCCGCACCCGCACCUGCCGCCAGCGGCGCUAGCGGCGGUAGCGGCCUCGCCUAUGCCGGCGUUGCGGCGGCAUGGGGCUCGGCGUCAAGCGAUGGCAAGGCAGCCACCAGUGGCGGGAGUGCCAGUGGCGGCGGUGGCGGCGGCGCCCGGGCGGCGGUGGCGGCGGAGCAGUACCUGGUCAAACUGGGCGACUUCGGACUGGCAGUGGACCACUCGGGCGUCUCGGCUCUGGGCAGUGCGUCGUCGCUGUCAUCAGCCUCCUCCAACGACCUACCCGGCGCCAGGACCACCAACAUCACCACCGCCGCCGCUGCAGGCUCGACGGCGGCCGCAGGCGGCCGCGCCGCAGGCCCGUUGCCGCGGCCGCCCUCGCUGCCCUUGCUGCCGCCGUGCCCGGUGUCUUCCUCGGACGCAGACGGCGGAGCACCCGAGUCUCCUCAGUGUCCAGACGCGCCGUGUGUGCCGUCGGGCGGCUACGUGUCUGCCUCGGCGGCCCGCACCUCCGGCAUCGGCACCGCGUCGUACAGCGCACCCGAGCAGCUGGGUGCUGCUGGGAGUGGCGGCCACGGCGGUGGUAAUGGCGGUGAUGGUGGUGGCGGCGCGGCACGGGGUGCUGAGGGAGCAGGGGGUGGCGGCGGUGGUGGUGGCGGUGGCGGCUUGACGUUCUACUCCAGUGCAGUCGACAUCUUUCCGCUCGGCCUCAUUCUAAUGGAGCUGUUCUGCGUGCAUGAGACAGGCAUGGAGCGCGCGACGGCGAUGCGUGAGGCGCGUGCGGGGGUGCUCCCGGCCUCACUGCUGCGAGCCUAUCCCGCGGAGGCCCGCCUGGCCGCCGCCUGCCUGUCGCACCAGCCGGAGCGCCGGCCCACUGCUGUGCAGCUGCUAGCAAUGCUGGAUCUGCUGUGGGGCCGGGCCGCAGAGGUGCCGGGGGCUGCGGUCGCCGCCGUCUCGGCCGCAGCAGCAGCGGCGCCCUUCGGCGCCGCGGCGGUGGCGAUUACGGAGGUGUGCGAUGGCGCCAGCGGCGCCGGCGGCAGCGGGAGUGCCGCCGUCGGGGCGAGGCAGGUGGCUGCCAGCAGCGGCGCGGCGGGUGGGGAUGGCAGCGGCCGCGGCGGCUCGAUGGCUGGGGCAGCGGCCCCUGGACCGUCUGGCACCUGGGGCGUCUCUCAGGGGGUGGCGGGCUGUGCAGCGGGCAGCGAGGACGGUGCCGCUGCGGCAGUUGCUAAGGAGCAAUGCGGCGCGCCGCCCACUGCUGCCGCUUCGCGAACACCUGCAGGGCGAGUGGAAUCACCUGGGGCGGAACUCCUCCCUCGCUCCGUGUCCGGUCCCGUUCUACCCUGGCGCAACGCCGGGCACAUGCCGCUGCUGCUGCCCGCGCCAAUUUCGGAGUCCAGCGCUAAUUCUACCUCUCCCAGCGCUCUCCCAGCGGAUGCAGCAGCUGGAUCAAAAGCUACUGCUGUUGUGGCUGCAGCACCGAUUGCAGCAGCAGCCGUUCCUGUGGCUGCUGUUACAGGCACUGCAGGGGGACCCCAGCCGCCGGCCGCUCAGCCCCGGCCCUCUCCAUUCAUGGCGCUGCGCAGCGCGGCUGCUGCGGCUGCCACAGCUGCUUCCGUGGCCGCUGUGCAUCAACAGCAGCAGCAGCAGCAGCAGCCGCUGUCUUCGCCGCUCCUUCACGGCCUUGCGCGCCGCGUGUCUUCGGUGAUUAUCACAGAGCUCGGCGCCGCAGGCACGUGCCCGCACAGUCCCGCCUCCGCGUUCGCCGGCGCAUCGGUUGGGGCCGCCUCCGUCUCUUCCGCACUGGCACAUGUGGGCGACGACGCGGGCACGGCCGCUCAGCACGCAGGUUGCAGUAGCACCGGUCGUAGCGGAAGCAGCAGCGUCAUCGGCGACGGCUGUAGCAGCCGCGAGGUGCAGACGGUCCUGACAUGGGUGACAGGGGCACGCGCGUGUCAGCUGUUGGCUGGGCCGCCCGUGGAUCCAUGUGCACUGGUGGGGUCGGAGGGCUUUGGAUCCGAGGGGCUCUGGACCUCGGGCGCCGGCGUGCCACAGCACGGGUCGGACGCUGGCGGCGGCGGGGUUGCGGCACCUUGCGCGAGCGAGGUACGCGACGAGGCGGCAUUGCUGGAGCGGUUGAGGCAAUUGGAGGCAGAGGCGGCGGGAAUUCGUGCGCAGCUGGAGCGACGUCGCGGCGAGGGGCCGUGAUGAUGGCUGUAGCGGCAACGCUGGGGUGUGUUUCUGGCUGGUGGAAUGGUGGCGCUGCAGUGGAGGAGUUGCGAGCUUUGGAAUGGACAGCAGGAUGCUACUUGUGGCAAUGGACCUGUGCGUUUGAGAUUUGCUGUUCAUGCCAGAGGGUUCAAGGUUGGCACAGAGUGAACGGCCAUGUUCGCCACUGAUGCAACAAACGAAUGG